CGAGAGUUGUGGCACAAAGAAUGCACCGCCACAUUUUGGACUUCUAUUAUUUGAUCUAUGAGUGGUAACAUUUAGGUCUCAGAAUAUUCCCAUUUUUUCAAUCGCUUUUUGCAAUAACCAGAUACUCCUCGUACGUAGCCACCCUAACUCGUGAAUCCUACCUUCCCCUAACACGAGUACAGUAAUUGUUUACGCCCACCGCAACGAUCUAUUGAUACGAUGGAAUAUUCCCCUUCGACUAACCCUCAUCAUGUUCAUCUCGUCCAGCAACUUGCAAUGCAAAACCGCCUCAUUGUUUUGCAAGUUUCGACGCACCGCUUCUAUUGCGCCUUAUUUCGACUGUGGUCAUUGACCCGCUAAACUCUUUGCAGCUAGUUUUCCGAUUCGACAGUUGUCAACUUUCCCUCUUCCUACCGAAGAUGGCCUUCAUUCCAUUUUCGCAUGAGGAUGUUAGGUUUCGCCCAAACACGAAUCCCACAAUCGCAUGGACGAUCCGAUGGGAAGACAACGGAAAUCUUCUGACCCGAAUUCUCCAUUCCAAUUCCUGCUCUUCGAAGACUUUUCGAGAGACAUCAGAUAAGAUUCAAGCGCCAGUGCGUACGUAGUCGUUGAAGGCUCGAGGUACUAGACGAAUGUUUCAGCCAUUCCAAAUCCCAAGACGAUACCAGUAAACACAAUACAGCCUGCCUCUGGAAAAUGUUUGAAUGGACCGAUCUUUGGAAACCCGGCUCGAAUAUACAAAAGGUUAAUUUACUUACAAUGAAGACUUGUGAUUGGAUAAUUCCGCUAAAUAGUGGGUCUCAGAGGGCCGAGAGUCUUAAUAAUAAAACACUCCGGCUCUUCAUCUGAUAAAUGUACCUUUUUUGGAAACAACGCAAGCGAGAUUGUACCAGACCGGUACCUGUGCACCGUUGAUAGUUGGGACACCAACGGCACAUUCAGACUCGAGGUUUGUAGGAAUUUGCAGCACCAAAGAGCUCUUUUCAAAAUCGAGACAGGAUGGUUGGAAGAACGUAGAUGAAAUCAUCGGUUGCAUUUAACCGCAAAUGUACAGCUUUCUGCUUCUACAAUAGAUGGAUCAAGUGUAUCGUUCAUCAUUUGACAUCAAUUUUACUCCUGGGUUUAAUACCUCUGAGAAUGGAGAACGACUUUGACCAACCACCACUCUCGAUGUACAGUAUACUCGCGAUGUACUUUGAAGUAAAUAGUUUCAUCUCAACGUCCGAACACGAUGACAAUGCAACGAAUCGCAUGAUGUCGUCUCGCCUCAUUCUGCUUCAUGAUCUGAUGGCGCGACGAAAAUCUCUCCUUGUACUUCAAAGUACGGGCAUUCGAAAACUACAUUAUGUCCCGUCCGGACCUCAUUUUUUCUUCUUGUUUGAUCGUUCGUUUCUGGAUACUUGAACUGCACAUUCACACAUUCAUUACGCAAAGUGUUUCGCCGCCCUUACUCAUAUACACACACCGUACUUUAGCAAACACUCUUUAUCUUCGAUAUAAUCAAAACUCAAAAUGAAGCUCUCCAAUAUCGUUCUUCUCAGCUUCUGCGCCCUCGCAUCCGCUGGCGUGUUCCACAACCAACUCGAUUCACGUCAAGAGACUUCUGAUACACCAGCAAACCUUGGUGAAUCAAUGCCUACCGACGACCCCGCUAUUAAGGGCGCAUUAGACAGUAUCGAUGCGUAAGUGCCAACCUCUUCCUCCAUCGCUUUUCUCGUCUUAAUUCACAACAUGUCUAACCUCACGACAGAGCCUUCGCAAAAGAGCCCGUAGAAGACGUUAACCCGAACAAUGGCGGGAACAACGGCGGUGAUAAAGGUGGUAAUAACGGGAACAGACCAGGAGGAGGAAAUGGCAAUGGUGGCAACAGGAGGUGUAGUGAUGUUGUUGACAGAGUCGCCAGGGACCUCGGGCCAAAGAGUAUUGAAGGGGCUAUUGUGCGCAGGGUUGCUGAUGAACUACGACGACGUGGGCUAUGAGGUACAGGUUACUGGUACGGUGAGGCUUGGAUAGGAGGCUAUGGGGGGAUGGGAUGCCCGUUUGUUAGCGUUUUGUUUAUUCUGUCUCUCGCUAAACGAAAUCGCUAGUGGGAAGUCGCACCGAUUAAUUGGUGCUUCCGGAAGCAAAGAU